AUGGCGAUUUCAGGCAUUCACCCGCCUCCUCCUUUCCUUCCACACCCGGGGGAACCGGCGGUGCCAUGGAAGCAUUGGUUGUCCGCUUUUGACACCUACGUGGCAGCCGCGGCAAUCAAAGACGAAGCAGACAACAAGCCUCGACUACGCGCCCUUUUGACUCAUUGCUUAGGACUGGAAGGGCAGCGGAUACUUUCGACGGAGACAGAGACGGAAUCAUACGUUCAGUUACGUGAUGUGUGUGCGACGUUGUUCGGACCGAGACUCAAUUCUAUGGUCGAGAGAUUCAAAUUCCGACAAAGAAAGCAACAUCAAGGAGAGUCCGUGAAGCAAUAUGUGUUUGCUCUGAGACAGCUAGCAGCCACUUGCAAGUUUGGACCGUUGCAUGACGAAAUGAUUAGGGAUCAACUUAUAGAAAAGACGGUUUGUGGUAAAGUGAGAGACCGCUUGUUGGAAGAAGAUGAAGAUCUUCCUCUAGACAAAGCAAUUGUACUGGCAUCACGGAUGGAAGAGGCGGCUAGGGAUUCAGCAGCUAUUGCGACAGUGUCAGGUAGCGUAAUGGAUGCAGUGCCAGGAGGUUUAACUAAUACAGCUUUGGGUCAAUUGGCACAGGAGUCACGUGGGAUUCGUCAAGUACAGACACGGCCAGGUAAAAGCGGCUGGAGUAGCAGAGGAGACGGCAAAUGUGGUAACUGUGGGUUCUCGGUUCACAAGGGUUCAACAUGCCCAGCAUCAACACAGACCUGUAGAAAAUGUGGGAGAAUAGGACACUACGCACGUUGCUGUAGGUCAAAGAAACAGUCACAGAUCCAGGAAGUUGAUUGUGGCAAUGAGCAAGGGGUAGAGUUGGAGACCGUUCGAAUCAAUGUUGUUGGUGGUCAGUCCAGUACACUCGAGUAUCGCCAAUGCGUUUGCGAGUUGGCUGGUGUCAGUUUUUCACUUGUUAUUGACUUGGGGGCGAAGGUUUCAGUGCUGUCAAAAAGGUCAUAUGAUCGAUGGUUUUCUUGGAGUAAGCUGGAACCAGCAAAUCGAAAGCUAGUUGGUUAUGCAGGAUCGCCAAUAAAGGUGUUGGGAAAGGCAAAGCUACCAGUCCGAUACCGGAGAUGUCAAUUAGCAGAGUUUCCAUUCUAUAUUACAGACAAGGGGACAGACAUACUAGGUCUCGACUUGUUUGAUGCCCUGGGAUUUCAAAUUUGUUGGGAUCCAGAAGAACUAGGCAGUCAUAAUGUACAAGCGGUUGACUUGCUCAACGAUGGAGUUACUAAGGGAGGUUGGAGUCGGAGAUGGCCUAGGGUGUUCAGUGGAUUGGGGAAAGCCAAUCACUUUGUUCAUUGCCCGUUAGUGAACACCACCGUACCACCGAUUAUGCAGCCACUUAGGAGAUUGCCACUGGCUCUACGAGAGAGGGUGGCAGAGGAGUUGGAUCGUUGGGAGAGUUUGGAUAUCAUUGAAAAAGUGGAUUCAUCCCCAUGGAUCUCAAAUUUAGUAGUUGUAUGGAAGAAAUCAGGGGCAAUUAGACUCUGCGUAGACCUUCGAAGAGCCAAUCAGGCAAUCAUACCUGGCAAGCAUCCACUUCCAACAAUGGAAGACAUAGCAGCAGAGUUUUAUGGAUCUACAGUAUUUUCGAAGCUGGACUUAAACCAGGGGUACUUGCAAAUACCUUUGGCAGAGGAAAGUCGCUUUAUUACAGCAUUUGUAACACAUAAGGGGACUUACCAGUUCAAGAGAAUGCCAUUCGGUUUGGCAUCGGCCCCAAGUGCCUUCCAGAAAGUCAUGGUUACGGUCGUAGCCGGAAUACCAGGAGUUGCUGUCUACAUGGACGAUAUUGUCGUUCAUGGGCCAGAUCGACCAAGUCACAAUAAGAGACUGAAUGAUGUGUUUCAACGACUACAACAUCACAAUUUGACACUAAAUGUGGACAAGUGCACUUUUGCAGUUAAGGAAAUAUCAUUUGUGGGACACAGUAUUUCGGCGAGUGGUAUUCGUCCUCUAACAUCUAACAUAGAAGCAGUUGAAAGACUGCAAGAACCGACAUCAGUGACAGAACUAAAUUCAUUCCUCGGUAUGACAAAUUACUACCUCCGGUUCGUGCAGGGCUAUGCUGAUAUCUCUUCUCCUUUGCGGUGCUUAUUACGGAAGGAUGCCCAUUGGGAAUGGUCCACUGAAUGUCAAACGGCAUUUGACAAAUUGAAACAGCUUGUCACAUCAGCACCAGUUCUUGCCCACUUUUCAUCCACAGCGGACACCUUUGUGUCGUGUGACGCUUCUGGAGUAGCUAUUGGGGCAGUAUUGUCUCAAAUACAAGAUGGACAGGAACGUCCUGUGGCAUAUGCGUCCCGUGCGUUGUCACCAGCAGAGCAGAAAUAUGCUGUGGGAGAACGGGAGGCAUUGGCCUGUGUGUGGGCGUGUGAGAAGUGGCAUGUAUUUUUGUUUGGACGACCGUUUGUACUUCGUACCGAUCACCAAGCCUUGGUAUCACUGCUAUCUGCGUCAGGAACAGGUCAAAGGCCAUUGCGAUUACACCGGUGGACAGAACGGCUGUAA